AAUUAAAAUUUUAAUUUCAGUAACUUUAUUCUUUCUAAGUUUGAAAUAUACUUAAAGACCGUGCCCAUUGUUAUAUGAAAUGUACAGAAGUGUUAUUGUAGGUUUAUUUUUCCUACAAUGCGUUCUCUCCGCGGACAUCGGGCAAAAGGUACUCCAGUAUUUCAAAGGCGAUGUAUUUCGGUCGUAUCAAAAACACUGGCAGGCUCACAAAAGGUCUUUCGAAGAUGCCCUUGAGACCGCUUUAAAAGAGAAUUACGGCUUGAGAGGUAUGAACGUCUUCGUGAGACGAUCAGCUGACAGUUUGAGGUUAUCUAACGGAUUCUACUUUUCGGACAAUGUCGUCGACGUGCUACUGAUGGAAGUGACUCUAACAAGUUUGCCUCAACUUAUAAGACCGGAUGUCACAUUCGCCUUAGCGUCAAACGUCCUACGCUUAGAGUCAAGCCUGACAAGGAUGAUAAUUGAAUGCAAAUAUUUAGCGUUCAGGAAUCAAUCUGACAUAGUAUUCGAUUCUGGUACAAAGACAAAUAAGCAUUCUCCUUUCAGUUUACAACAAAUACAGUUUAGAGGAAGUCUGGCAAUCAUAGCCGAUCAAUGUUCACUAGGGGGCUAUGGUUUGAUUAAAUUGAGUGGACAGACUGUGAAUUUGGGACACGACACAUUAUCUAUUAGGAACUGUAAAUUUAGUGUCGAGAUCUCUUCGAUACGCCUUGGCACUCCUCCAGUCAUAGCUCCAUACUUUACUCCGGAACAAGCCGAUGAACUACAAAAACUAUUGACGAAGCCCGUACGAGAAGAAAUGCUUCCGAAACUUCAGUCUACCGUUUUUACAGUACUCAACACUUCAGUUAUAUUCGAUAGUUAUUUGCCAAAAUUCAGAAAAUAUCAGGACAAUCUGUUCAAAACUGCUGACAAAUACGUGUCAGAUGUUGUCAGAAAUAUAAAUUCUGAAACAGUCGACGCUGGCCAGGUCGCAAUCAGGAUGCCGACAGUCCGUAAAUAUUGUAAAAUUAUUUGUGAAGAAGGUUCAUGCGCCCAUCACGUGACCAUAGACAAUGUGACAGUUUAUGGUCUGGAUUCAUUGUAUUCCUCACAUACUGGGGGACCUUUCAAGUUACAGACCGCAAAAAUAGCUGAAUCUUUACGCUUUAAUUCCUUAACGAUAAGAGGCACUCUACGCCAUGAAAAUAACACAGUAGAAGCUGAAUACGAUUUUGUAGCAGAGAUACAAGACUUGCCUGUUAAUUUCGAAAUUAAUGCCGAUAAAACGGACCCUACUUUUGAUGUUUUGAAAUGGAGGUAUUUAAGUGUCUCGAUAAUUCCAUCGGAAUACUAUCUAAGAGAUCCCAGAGCUGCUUCUUCUUAUGUACAAGCAUAUCUUUUCAAUAAAUUGACAAUACUCUUGAAGGAUCAUUUGGACGAGAUGUAUAAAAAUAGUCAACAUAAUAAAGUGACGCAAACCACUGAUGAAGUUAAAUGUAUCACAGAAAAAAAAGAAUUAAGUUCUCAGAAAUAACAAUGUUAGGAAAUAAAAGUGUAUUGCCUUUUUUA